CAGCCACUUCAUCAUCACAUGAGAAUCAUCUCAUCCUUAGUGCACUGAGACUAAAUAAAUAAGUCUUCUGUAGGUUGUCACACAUACCACUUAAAAUGGUAAUUUUCUGUGGAUUACUUCAGACCUGUGGGUCUAAGAGCUCUUCCACAUGGAUCAGCUUGACGCUUCUUUUCUCAAUGUUGUGCAUGUGGACCAGUGUAGAGUGCUGGUCUUACCAUUUCUCCGACACCACCAUGAACUGGCAGGAUGCUAGAGCGUGGUGCAAGGAGUACUACACAGACAUGGUAGCCAUCCAGAACCAGGAGGAGAUCAAGCAUCUCAACAACUAUCUGCCCAGGAAACCCACCUACUAUUGGAUUGGGAUCCGCAAGAUCAAUGAUGUCUGGACCUGGGUAGGCACUAACAAAGCUUUGACAGCAGAAGCAACCAACUGGGCAAAAGGCGAACCAAACAAUGGCAAGAAUGAACUGCAAAAUGGGGCGAGUGAGGACUGUGUGGAGAUGUACAUUAAAAGGGAGCAGCAGCAAGGCAAGUGGAAUGAUGAGAGAUGCGAGAAACUGAAGACCGCUCUGUGUUACACAGCUGCCUGUAAGAAUAACUCAUGUUACCAUGGAGAAUGUGUCGAAACCAUCAACAGCCACGAGUGUGCAUGUUUUGAAGGAUUUUAUGGAGAGAAGUGUGAGCAAGUUGUUCAGUGCGACAAAGCGGAGGUGACUGUCCCACAUAAAGGAAGUGUAAAGUGCACUCAUGUGUAUGGAAACUUCUCUUACAAUUCCUCGUGCGAGUAUUCCUGUGAGAAAGGAUACCAGCUGACUAUGUCGAGACCCCUGAGAUGUACUGCCUCGAAAAACUGGUCAGAGCAGCCUCCUACAUGUGAACUGGUUCAGUGUCCGAAACUGUCUCGUCCAACAAGAGGAUCCAUCAAUUGCUCCGAUCCUCUAGGUCCAUCCAGCUACCAGUCCACCUGUGUGUUAACCUGUGAUGAAGGCUAUGCACAAGCUGGUCUGUCAUCUACCACUCUGCAAUGUGAAGCAUCAGGAAGCUGGAAUGCCUCACAGCUACCCUGUGUUGCUGUUCAGUGCCCUGCUCUGCAGAAGCUAGAGAAUGGCGUGGUCAGCUGUGGACAUGCAGAUGAGAGGUUCAUCUACGGAAACACCUGCAGCUUCAGCUGUGCCCCCGGCUACCGUCUGGUUGGCCCCAGCAGUGUGACAUGCACAUCAGCAGCUGAGUGGAGUGAGACAAUGCCUCGCUGUGAAGCCAUCACUUGCCAGAAUCCAAAGGGAGACGCUCACCUGGUCCCCAAGUGCAGCCAGUCUUCCACUGAACUGUGGACAGGCUCCAGCUGCAGCUUCAGCUGUGAAGAGGGCUUUGAACUGCAGGGAGCUGACAUCAUUCAGUGUUCUCAGGAUGGACAAUGGAGUAAAGCCAUACCUACCUGCAAAGCUGUUCAAUGCCCUGCUCUCCAGAAGCUAGAGAAUGGCGUGGUCAGCUGUGGACAUGCAAAUGAGAGGUUCAUCUACGGAAACACCUGCAGCUUCAGCUGUGCCCCUGGCUACCGUCUGGUUGGCCCCAGCAGUGUGACAUGCACAUCAGCCGCUGAGUGGAGUGAGACAAUGCCUCGCUGUGAAGCUGUUCAAUGCCCUGCUCUCCAGAAGCUAGAGAAUGGCGUGGUCAGCUGUGGACAUGCAAAUGAGAGGUUCAUCUACGGAAACACCUGCAGCUUCAGCUGUGCCCCUGGCUACCGUCUAGUUGGCCCCAGCAGUGUGACAUGCACAUCAGCCGCUGAGUGGAGUGAGACAAUGCCUCGCUGUGAAGCAACAAGAUGCCCUGUACCCGAGAUUCCAACAAGUGGCCACAUCAGCUGCAGCCCCUCUCUGUCUUCACCUGUUUCUACAGGCACCUCCUAUCCACUUGGGAUGUCCUGCACUUUUAGCUGUGAUGAAGGCUAUGAGCUCAAAGGUGCACUAAGCAUGGAGUGCGAACAUCCAGGCCAAUGGAGCACCACACCACCAUCCUGCACAGUUAUUAGUUGCCCAUUGUUCACGGCUCCUGAAAAUGGCCACAUCAACUGCUCAAACAGUGAGCCAAUAUACAACUCUCAGUGCUCCUUCACAUGCAGUCAAGAUUACUCAUUAGAUGGGCAUGAGCUCCUGACCUGUGAUCGUCACGGCAACUGGACUGGAGAGAGACCCACCUGCAAAGCCUCCCCAUCUCAGAACAUUGCCGUUGUAUCUGGUGUGGCAGCAGGGGGCACUCUGCUAAGUGGUCUGACUGUUGCCAUGUGGAUCCUGAAACGACUGAAGAAGAAAGCAACCAAGUUUGAGCUGAACAGCAACUCCGACAUAGAGGCCCCUCCACAGGUCUACAAAAACAGCACUGACAGCCUCCUCUAAAAUACAGUCAUAAUCUUCAAAGGCAACUAAGGACAACUAAAUAUAUUCAACACAACUGUAUAUGAGUCACAGGGCAUUAUAGUUACAUAAUAGUAUGUCAGAGUUGUAUCAUGUUUUGUUGAUUUUUUUAAAAAGAUCCUUUAUCUGCACUGUAAAUGUUGUUCAGACAUGUAUUUUCUCCCAAGAGGAGUUUUAUAUUGAACAUGUUGUUCUACAGCUUUAUGAAGUUGCUGGAAAUGUGGCUCCAUUCAUGUUACUGUAAAUGUUACAUAACACUGUGGGUGAAUUACCAUGUUAUUUCAGAACUGUGAAUUCUUAGUGAAUAAUCACAAUAUUGAUGUCAGUAUUUAUGUACUAUUUAUUUAAGAGAUGGUUAAUGCGUUUGAAAUGUUUAUCACUAUUGCUGAAUGUGUAAAGCAGGGCUGACUUUUGUUUAUAAUAAACCUUUAA